AAUUCUUCACUGUUCUUGAUGCAGGCAAUUGUGUAAGGAGUCAUUUUUAAACUUAUUAUUGUAGUGCAACUUACAAGAAACAUUUAGCAAAAUGUCGUAUAUGCUAUCACAUCUUCACAAUGGAUGGCAAGUGGAUCAAGCAAUACUUUCUGAAGAGGAUAGAGUUGUGGUAAUCAGAUUUGGACACGAUUGGGAUCCCAUGUGUAUGAAAAUGGAUGAGGUGCUAUAUAAUAUUGCAGAGAAAGUAAAGAAUUUUGCAGUUAUUUACCUAGUUGACAUUACUGAAGUUCCUGAUUUCAAUAAGAUGUAUGAGCUGUACGACCCAUGCACGGUCAUGUUUUUCUUUAGGAAUAAACAUAUUAUGAUAGAUCUGGGAACUGGAAACAACAAUAAAAUCAAUUGGACUCUAGAGGAUAAGCAGGAGAUGAUAGACAUAAUUGAAACAGUAUAUCGAGGUGCAAGAAAAGGACGUGGUCUUGUAGUUUCACCCAAAGAUUAUUCCACUAAAUAUCGCUAUUAAUUUAUUUGAAUUGGGCUCAGUGUUUUAAUGAACUAUAAAACCCAGUCUUCAUUAGAAGAAAACAAUAACGAAUAAAGUACAAUGAACGUAUUUACCGUACUCCGUCAAGUCGUGCAGUGUCUCUUUGUAUAUAUGAAAAACAUUUAUUAGACAGUGUUGCAUAAGAAUAAUAUUAAACGAAUUAAUAAGUAUUACGUCUUAAUGUUAAUCUAUGUACAGUGAACUAUAAUACAAAUGAUUAAAAAAUCUUAA